AUGAUCUCGUUAGUCAAAAAGUCCAUUCGGUCACAGCGUAAUAAAACGCCUACAACGCCACCGGCGCCACCCAUGGAACUCCAGAAGACUCAACCUGAGACGACAAACAAACAACCACAAUGCAUUCACCGCGAUGGAUCUGAGCCCUCCAAUGAGCCAUGCUCAACUUGCGCUGCAGACGAGAAAGCCGCUACGAAAUAUCGAUGGAAGAUCAUUCUUGGCCUAGUGGCACCCUUUGCCCUUCAAGCCCUCGACUCGACAAUUAUCGCAAGCGCUCUCCCUUGGAUUGCUCGCGACUUUGGUGAAAUUUCACAACUAAACUGGAUCGUCUCAUCAUUCAACCUUACAUCAGCAGCCUUCAUCCCCUUCUGGGCACAGAUGGCUGAUGUCUUUGGCCGAAACGCCUCCCUCGACGCAGCCGUCAUCUUCAUGCUGAUCGGCAGCGCACUCUGCACAGGCGCUCCCACCAAUGCUUUCCCAGUUCUUCUGCUUGGUCGAGGUUUCCAGGGUCUUGCAGCAGCUGGUCUGAAUGUUAUUGUUCGUACCAUUCUGGCCGACAAGGUCUCACUCCAGGAGAACGCCAGGAAUUGGGCCAUCUUUGCGCUUGUGGGUGGCAUCUCUUAUGCAAUUGGCCCUGUCAUCGGUGGAUAUCUUACCAACGCGGACUGGAGAUGGUGCUUUGCCAUUAACCUUCCAAUUGCCGUGGUGGCUCUUGUCAUCAUUUUCUUUCUCCUACGAAAAGAACUUCUCGGCCCUCAACCUAUCGCUGAGCUCAACGAAACCACCGAAACCGGAAGAAGGACCAAGUUUAUUGCCAGGCUCAAGACGGUGGAUGUUGGUGGUCAGCUCCUGUUCAUCUUUGGCUUUGGCCUCAUCAUCCUCGCCAUGACUUGGGGUGGUGCAACCUACCCCUGGGGUUCGGCCGCUGUGAUUGUCCCCCUCGUUCUUGGAGUUAUCUGCACCGGCGUCUUUCUGUACUGGGAGUAUCUCUUGGCUCCUGGAAACACCAUGGCUGAGAAGCUCCCCUGGCAGCGGGCGAUGAUUCCCUGGGACUUGCUUUCUAACAGAGACAUCGGGCUCCUUUUCUAUUGCGAGUGUGCCACAGGAAUGGGCAUGUACGCAGUGCUCUAUUUCUGCAAUAUCUACUUCAUUGCUGUUAGGGGUUACGAGCCCGACAAAGCCGGUGUACAGCUCCUGUACUUUGUUCCUGGACUGGGAGCGAUCGGUGUCGGCCUGCUUGGCUGGGCUAUUUGGGCCGAGAAGCUUAGCACCAUCUUUGGAAUGAUGGCACUUGUUGGCUGUGGUAGUGGUAUGCGAUUCAUGGCCUCGCCACUUCAUGGAAUUGGCCUGUUCAAGAACCUUCGCGCUUCGGUCAUCGGCUUGAUGGCUGUUGCUGUUCCUUUCGGCGGCACUAUUGGGUUAACCAUCAUGUCGACUGUCUUUAACAACACUUCUAGGAUCGACUCGAGCAGCAGUGACUUUACAGAGGUCCAGUCGUCAUCAUCAUCCAGCGAGCUCAAGGGACAGGCUAUUCACGAUGCCAAGAUGGGCGUUGUGUGGGCAUUCGUUGCCAUUACCCCGUUUGUCGCACUUGCAUUCCCAUUCGCAGCCUGCCUUGGCAACGUCAAGCUUGGCCAGGGCCCUCCCAGCUCGGAGGGCCCAACAGACAUCGUGGUUCAAGGCUCCUAUCUUCUCAAGCUGCUUAGAGGUCAGGAGAAGUUUGGGGUUGAAAAGGCGGGAUAUAGACUUGAGAGUUCGCAUGGCAGAGGGUGGUCAGGAAGCCCAGGCUCAGGAGAGCGGGGUGACCAGCAACGCAAGAUAGAAUAUACCCUUUGUUUGUUUAAUGGUGUUCUGGAGCCUGCUUGGACAACCGUGAGACGUGUUAUCACAUGGGCGGUGACACCGAUUAUCAGGGUGCCGAGAUCGGCGCCUCAGAGUCAACUCUGUAUGAAAGAGAUGUUUCCCAUCAGACCUGGCUUAAAUAUUGGUUUUCUACAUUUUCUAGGCCAAUUGAGUCACGUUACCCUUCUCUUUAACCCGCCCAACAUGAGGUACACGGAGGUUGACGAGGAGCAGAGCCCGAACCCCAGAUUCUGGCUCGAGUUUCGCACUUUUGAUGAUGGCCUCUCGGAGCAUCCACAUGCCAAGAAGACAUCGCCAUCCUCGCUCACCGCAUUUCCCCAGUUCACGCAGCUCCCUCCUGAGCUGCGCCUGAGGAUAUGGUCCUGCCUCAUCCAGCCACGCAUCGUCGUCGUCUGCUGUAUGCAGCGCGAUGAGCGCCUUGGUGAGAGAAUUAAGGAGCUCGACUCGCGAUCUCACGGCAGAUCAGCACCGGUUCUCCUACACGUCAACCGCGAAUCGCGAUAUCUCGCGCUGGAGCACUACGAGCUCACCUUUUCCUGGCGCAUCUCCAAGCUCCUCUCGGACACGCCCGUUUCGGCACCCGCACGGGUCUGGUUCAACUUCGCGCUCGACGCCGUCUGGCUGGCGGGCGAGUUGGAGGCUUACGACUCGUACGGCUUCAACUCGCCCAUGGUGUAUUUCCUACGCCGCGAGGACACGCGAAGGGUACGGCAUGUGGCCUGCAUGCUGGCCGAGCUGGGUUAUCCGCGCCAGGAGAGCGAUCAGGUUUUUGGGUGUCUGUGGCACGUCGUUGAUGGAUUUCCUACCAUUGAGAGGCUUCUACUGACGGUGGGCGAGGGUGAUGACGAGGCUGUCAAGGGUAAUCUGGAGCGGGUGGCUGGGCGGAUCGACAACCGAGACGAGUUCGCGGAUGGCGCAUAA